AUGAUCCCCGCCAACUCGCUCUUCAAGUACUUCCUCCUCCCAGCAUACAUUACCUUCGAAACAACGCGCGCAAUCCUCUCGUUCGCCGCGGUACACUCCCAAGUCCGUAUUUCAUCGACCUUCAUCGCGUUCUCUUCCGAGCUCCUCAAGCUCGUCUUUGCGCUCAUCUUCCUCUGUCGAUUUCUGGGCAAGACCGGGAAUGGAGUCAACGCGAGGAGUCUCAAGUCCGCGAUCCUCUUCGCGAGCAGCGACCAAGCCGGAUGGAGAGCGUACGGACCAUACGCCGUCCCUGCCGCGUUAUAUCUCAUCAACAACCUCCUCUAUCUCCUCGGUCUCCAACUAACCACCCCCUCCCUCCUCCACGUUGCAGUUCUGGCCAAGUUGCCCUUCACGGGUAUCCUCCACCACCUCCUCGUCAAACGCCAACGAAACCUCUACGCAUGGCUUUCUCUCGCUCUAAUCUGUACCGGCCUCCUCAUUUUCAACGCACCCAUCGAAUUCCUCGACUGGAUUCGCGGCAUCGGGGUGUUCAUCGGUCCGAUAGUGGGGCUGGUUAUUGCGACCUUGAGUGGGUUUGCGAGUAUCUUUACCGAAGUCAUCAUGAAGCAAAAAGUCGCGUUCUGGGUUGCGCAGGUCUGGCUCUACUUCUACGGUACCCUCUUCGCCGGCACCAUCCUCCUCUUCUGGGACGGUCGCCUUCACUCUUUCUCCUCGACCUCCACACCAUCCUCCGAUUCCGACCCCUCCACAUCCUGGGCCAUUUUCGUCAACGCCGCCGUGAUUUUGGCUACGACAGCAACCGGCCUCGUCGUCGCAAACAUCCUCCGCAAAGCCGACAACCUCGUCAAACUCGUCGGCUCCUCCGCCUCAAUCGUAACCAUCAUCGCAGCCCAAGUCGCCCUCUUCCCCGAUCUCCGCGAAAAGACGAUUCAAGUCCCGACCACCCUCGGCGCCGGAAUCAUCGCUAUCUCGACAUGGACGUAUAACCACCACAAGACCGUUCAGCCAUCGCGGGUAAGU